CUGACUUUGCCGCAAAGACUGCAGUACAUCUUGUAGUAGUUGCAGCUCCAUCCUCUCCUUGCACACACCUCACACGCACCGCCGAUCACUCGUCGACGCCACGACCGUUUGCCGGACGGAUCACAUCUUUACUCCACUCGAAUCGCAUUUCGAGUCAAAAGGGCGGACCAUAAUCUGUCCGUUCAACGGUUCAACCGGCACCACCACCACCUCGCCACCUGAUCUUCAUCUCUUACUGUCUCUCACUCUCUGCAUAGACUAGAAGAUGUCGUUCCAGAAGCACGACCCCUCAAAACCGAUCCACAUCCCCACGGCCGAGCACAACGUGCUCGAGUUCUGGCGUGAGAUCGAUGCGUUCCACACCCAGCAGAAGCUGUCCGAGGGCAAGCCCGAGUACAGCUUCUUCGACGGUCCUCCCUUUGCUACUGGCCUUCCCCACUACGGCCACUUGCUCGCUGGUACCAUCAAGGACAUUGUGACGCGCCAUGCCAGCUCGACCGGUCACCACGUCGAGCGUCGCUUCGGCUGGGACACCCACGGUCUCCCCGUCGAGCACGAGAUUGACAAGUCCCUCAACAUCAAGGGCAAGGACGAUGUCAUGAAGAUGGGCAUCGCCAAGUACAACGCCGCCUGUCGCGAGAUUGUCAUGCGUUACUCGAACGAGUGGAAGAGCACCGUCGAGCGUAUGGGUCGUUGGAUCGACUUUGACACCGGCUACAAGACCCUCGACCCCACCUUCAUGGAGAGUGUCUGGUGGGUCUUUGGCCAGCUCUGGGCCAAGGAGCAGGUCUACCGCGGUCUCCGUGUCAUGCCCUACUCCACGGGAUGUACCACUCCCCUCUCCAACUUCGAGGCUGGUGAGGACUACCGCAACGUCUCCGACCCCGCCGUGACCGUCGCCUUCCCCCUCGCCGACGACCCCACCACCUCGCUCCUCGCCUGGACGACCACCCCUUACACGCUGCCCGCCAACCUUGGCCUCUGUGUCCACCCCGACUUCACCUACAUCAAGAUCCACGACGUUGAGCGCAACCAGAACUUCAUUCUCCUCGAGUCCCUCCUCGGCACAGUCUACAAGGAGUACGCCAACGGCAAGAAGCCUGACCCGAAGAAGGAGCCCAAGUUCAAGAAGAUUGGUAGCUUCCUCGGCAAGGACAUGGUCGGAUGGCGCUACACUCCCAUGUUUGACCACUUCACUGAGAAGUACGAGGACCGUGCCUACCGCGUCGUCUCCGACACGUACGUUACCGACUCGUCGGGUACCGGUAUCGUCCACCAGGCUCCUGCCUUUGGUGACGAUGACCACCGCAUCGCUGUCGCCAACGGCAUUGUUCGUGAUGACGAGAUCCCUCCCUGCCCGAUCGACGAGACUGGUCGCUUCACCGCCGAGGUGCCCGAGUAUCAGGGCAAGUAUGUCAAGGUUAGUACCGUGUCUGUGUUGGAGGCCGAUGCCACCAUCAUCAAGGACCUGACCAAGAACGGCCGCCUCAUUGUUCGCUCCGACAUCAUGCACUCGUACCCCUUCUGUUGGCGUUCGGGCACCCCCCUCAUCUACCGUGCCGUCCCCUCGUGGUUCGUGCGCGUGGCCAACAUCUCCGACAAGCUUGUUGCCGCCAACGAGAAGACCCGCUGGGUCCCCGCUAGCGUCGGUGAAGGCCGUUUCGGUGGCUGGAUCAAGAACGCCCGUGACUGGAACAUCUCGAGGAAUCGUUACUGGGGUACCCCGAUCCCCCUCUGGGUCAGCGAGGACUACGAGGAGAUUGUCUGCAUCUCGUCGAUUGCUCAGCUCGAGGAGCUCUCUGGUGUCAAGGGCAUCAAGGACCUCCACCGUGAGAACAUUGACCAGAUCACCAUCCCCUCCAAGCAGGGCAAGGGCGUCCUCAAGCGUAUCGAGGAGGUCUUUGACUGUUGGUUCGAGUCGGGCUCCAUGCCCUACGCCCAGUCGCACUACCCCUUCGAGAACCAGGACCCCUUCAAGGCCAGAUUCCCUGCCGACUUUGUGUCUGAGGGUAUCGACCAGACCCGUGGCUGGUUCUACACUCUCCUUGUGCUCGGCACCCACCUGUUCGACACGGCUCCCUGGAAGAACCUUAUUGUUACUGGUCUCGUCCUUGCCGGUGACGGCAAGAAGAUGAGCAAGAAGCUCAAGAACUACCCCGACCCGAUGAACGUUGUUGAGAAGUACGGUGCCGACUCGGUCCGUCUCUUCCUCAUCAACUCGCCCGUCGUCCGUGGUGACAACCUCCGUUUCAAGGAGGAGGGUGUUGCCGGCGUUCUUUCCAACGUCAUCCUCAAGUGGAUCAACUCGUUGAACUUCUACCUCAACCAGGUUGAGCUCUUCGACCAGGCCACUGGUACCAAGUUUGUCUACGACCACGACGCCCCCAAGUCGACCAACGUCUUUGACCGCUGGAUCCUCGCCCGCUGCCAGACCCUUAUCCAGCAGGUUGACCAGGAGAUGAGCGCGUACCGCCUCUACACCGUCAUCCCCCGUCUUCUCGAGCUCAUUGCCGACCUCACCAACUGGUACAUUCGCUUCAACCGAAGGCGUCUCAAGGGUGAGAACGGUGUUGAGGACACCAAGGCGGCCCUCAACUCGCUCUACGAGGCCCUCCACACUCUCUGCUUGACAAUGUCGUCGUUCACUCCCUUCACUUCGGAGAUUGUCUACCAGAGCCUGCGUGCUACCACCCCCAAGCCCAAGGACGGCUCCGACGUUCGCUCGGUCCACUUCCUCCAGUUCCCCAAGGCCCGUGAGGAGUACUUCGACACUGUCAUCGAGCGCCAGGUCCAGCGCCUCAAGGCUGUCAUUGAGCUUGGCCGUGCCAUCCGUGACAAGCGCACGCUCAAGGUCAAGAUGCCCCUCAAGGAGCUCAUCCUCUUCCACCACGACCAGCAGUACCUCGACGAUGUCAAGUCGCUCGAGCCUUACGUGCUUGCCGAGCUCAACGUUGCCACCAUCACCUACACCUCGGACGAGGCCGCGAUGGGCAUCAAGUACAAGGCUACUGCCGACUGGCCCGUUCUUGGUCGCAAGCUCCGCAAGGACCUCGGGAAGGUCAAGUCGCACCUCCCCAACCUCUCGUCGGACGAGUGCAAGCGCUACGUCGCCGAGGGCAAGUGCAGCGUCAACGGUGUCGAGCUUGUCGAGGGUGACCUUGUCGUUACUCGCUUCGUCGAGCUCGAGGGUGAGAAGGCCGAGGCCUUUGAGACCGCCACCGACGGUGAUGCCACCAUCCUCCUCGACAUCCGCAGGCAUGACGACCUCGAGCACGUCGCUCUCCUCCGUGCCCUGACUUCGCGUGUCAACAAGCUCCGCAAGACUGCCGGCCUCAAGCCCACGGACCGCGUCGACGUCUUCUACGCUUACGACGACGGCGAGGAGGACUCGCUUGCCCCUGCCAUCGCAUCAAGUAACGAGUUCCUCCUUGGCCAGAUCUACGCCAUCCCUGUCGAGCUCGCCCAGAAGCCCGCAGACCGCGCCGUCCUUGCCACCGAGGUCCGCGAGAAGGACAUUGACGAGGCCGACCGCGCCGAGCGCUUCGUCCUCACCAUCACCGAGCGUCCUUAAACCCGGCUACCAAGCGGCAUGACGGGAGCUGUAAGGUUAUUUAGUUUAUUACCAUGCAUUUGAUUCGUUCUACA